AUCAUUUGUGCUGCUGGCAAAAUACUAGUAGCCUACAGUGUCUAGCUAACGUUGGCAAGCAAUACAAAUACGUUUAUCAUGGCUGGUAGAAAGGCCGUAGAACUAGAAGUGUAUUUAGAUUUAUUGUCUCAACCAUGUAGAGCAAUACAUAUAUUUCUUAACUGCAAUAAAAUUCCACACAAGGUGAAAACAGUUGCAAUACGAAAAGGGGAGAAUAGGACACCAGAGUAUACAAAACUCAAUCCCAUGCAGAAGGUCCCUGUGAUGGUCGACAAUGACUUUGUUCUGACUGAGAGUGAUGCCAUAUUAAAAUACCUGGCCACCAAAUAUGAUGUCCCAGGUAACUGGUACCCACGCCACCCAGAGAGGAGGGCGAGAGUGGAUGAAUACACAGCCUGGCACCAUACCAACACCCGGCCACAUGCGGCCAAGGUCUUUCUCAUGGAGGUUUUACUGCCCCAUAUGACAGGGCAGCCAGCAGACCCACUGAAGGUGGAGCGGGCGUUGGCAGACCUGAGUGACACUCUGGAGAAGCUGGAGAACAUGUUCCUCAAGAGACAGCCCUUCCUCUGUGGAGAUGACAUCAGCCUGGCUGACCUGCUGGCCAUGUGUGAACUCAUGCAGCCCCUAGGUGGCGGCAGAGACAUCCUGAAGGAUCGUCCCAAGCUGUUGAGCUGGAAAGGUCGUGUCCAGUCUGCGCUGGGUGAUUCCUUUGGCAAGGCACACACAGUGCUGUACAGUCUCCGGGACAGGUCCAAAGCAAAGCUAUGAAAUAAUCUCAAUAUGAUUUGAUAUAAAAGCUUGCACGAUGCUUGAAAGCAACACUACUACCAGAUGUCUUUACUGAUUAUGUUUGUGCGGUCCAUGUUGACCUCGAGAUUGAGGUUGUUUAUAGGCUCAAUGGGAGAGUGAUCCGUGCCUUACAUUAACCUCUGUGUGAUAUGCUACAAAAUUACUAGCUAGAUGGUUCAGCAUUAUGAACCUUGAUCUGGAGUGGAGAUGGGAAAUGUUGAAUAGAGUAAGAUAAUAUUUUAUAUUAUCUAGAAGAGUAAUAUAUUUUCAAUGACAUACAACUGCCUAGAAUGAAUGGAUGCAUAACAAUAAAAACCAGUGGAAAAUGUUUGUUUAUUCAACAGUAGCUGUACAAAGACAAUUAUUUACAAAACAGGAGGACAUUUCCAGUAGACAUUGCUCAGUAUGUGCCCACAAGUUGGAAAUCAACAUGUACACUGAACAAAAAUAUAAACGCAACAUGUAAAGUGUUGGUCCCAUGUUUCAUGAGCUGAAAUAAAAGAUCCCAGAAAUGUUCCAUACGCACAAAAAUAUUAUUUCCCUCAAAUGUGUUGAUAAUCCAUCCACCUGACAGUUGUGGCAUAUCAAGAAGCUGAUUAAACAGCAUGAUCAUUACACAGGUGUACCUUGUUCUGGGGACAAUAAAAGGACACUCCAAAAUGUGCAGUUUUGUCACACAACACAAUGCCGUUGAGGGAGCGCGCAAUUAGCAUGGUGACUGCAGGAAUGUAUACCAGAGCUGUUGCCAGAGAAUUGAAUAUGAAUUUCUCUACCAAAAGCCACCUCUGUUUUAGACAAUUUAGCAGUACGUCCAACCGGCCUCACAACCACAGACCACGUGUAUGGCGUCGUCUGGGCGAGCAGUUAUGAACAGUGCCCCAUGGUGGCGGUGGGGUUAUGGUAUGUGCAGACAUAAACUACGGACAACAAACAAAAUACAAUUGUAUUGAUAGCAAUUUGAAUGCACAGAGACACUGUGACGAGAUCCUGAGGUCCAUAUUUCUAAAGGUAUCUGUGACCAACCUCUCUAUUCCCAGUCAUGUGAAAUCCAUAGAUUAGAACCUCAUUUCAAUUGACUGAUUUCCUUAUAUGAACUAUAACUCAGUAAAAUCAAAUGGUUGCGUUUAUAUUUUUGUUCAGUGUAUAGUAACGUUAAUCAAGUACAUUUCAGAUGAUUGCACCAUGAUGUAAUGGAAACGGCAGCUAUAGAUGACAUCUUCUAAAGAUCAACAUUUUUAUCUGUUUCGACGGGUGGAUUUAACGUUUCUGGAACUUGAUGGAAAAGUUGUUUUUCGAAUAAAUGACGAUUGCCGAA